AUGGUAGAACAGUCAUGGUGGAAAAGUCAUCGUAGAACAGCUCAUGGUGGAACAGUGCUAGUGGAACAGUUAUGUUGGAACAGUCAUGGUGGAACAGUCAUCGCAGAAAAGUCAUAGUGGAACAGCGAUAGUGGAACAGUCACGGUGGAACAGUCAAAGUGGAACAGUCGCGGUGGAACAGCCAUAAUGGAACAGUUAUGGUGGAACAAUAUUGGUGGAACAGUCACAGUGAAACAGCCAGGGUGGAACACUCAUGGUGGAAAAGUCAUGGUGAUACAUUCAUGGGGGAACAGUUAUGGUGGAAUAGUCAUACUGGAACAAACAUAGUGGAACAGUCAUUGUGGAACAGUAAUGGUGGAACAGUCAUUGUGGAACAGUCAUGGUGGAACAGUCAUAGUAGAAGAGUCAUAGUAGAAGAGUCAUGGUAAAACAGUCAUUGAACAGUCAACGGGGAACAGUCCAACCGGAACAGUCAUCGUGGAAAAGACAUGGUCAAACAGUCAGAGUGGAACAGUCACUCUGGAACAAACAUGGUAAAUCAGUCAGGAUGGAACAGUCAUCGUGGAACAAUCAUGGUUGAACUGUUAUGGUCGAACAGUCAUAGUGGAACAGUCAUGGUGGAACAGUCACUUUGGAACCGUUAUGGUAGAAUAGACAUGAUGGAGCAGUCAUAGUGGAACAGUCAUAGCGGAAAGGACAUGAUGGAACAGUCAUAGUGGAACAGUCAUGGUGAAACAGUGGCGGUGGAAAAGUCAUGGUGCAACAGUCACUGUGGAAAAGGCAUGGUUGAGCAGUCAUGGUGGAACAGUCAUGGUUGAACAGUUAUUUUCAACAGUCGUAGUGGAACAGUAAUGCUGGAACAAACACCUGGAACAGUCAUGGUGGAACAGCCAUAGUUGAACAGUUAUUUUGGAACAGUAAUGGUGGAACAGUCACUGUGGAACAGUUUUGGUGAAACAUUUAUGGUGGAAAGCCAUGGUUGAACAGUUAUUUUGGAAAAGUUAAAGUGGAACAGUCAUGAAUGGAAUAGUCACUGGGGAACAGUCAUGGUGUACCAGUCCUGGUGGAAUACUCAUGGUGAAAAAGUCAUGGUGGAACAGUUAUGGUGGAACAGUCACACUGGAAGAGUUAUAAUCGAACAGUCUUGGUCGAACAGUCAUGGCGGAACAGGCAUGGAGGAGCAGUCAUAGUUGAACAAUCAUGGUCGAACAGGCAUAGUAGAACAGUCAUAGAACAUUCAUCGUGAAAGAGUCAUGGUGCAACAGGCCUAUUGGAAUAGUCAUGGUGGAGCAGUUAUGGUGGAAAAGUCAUGGUAGAACAGUCAUGGUGGAACAGUCAUGGUGGAACAUUCAUAAGGGGACCAUUAUGGUGAAAAAGUCAAACUGAAACAAACAAAGUGGAACAGUCAUGGUGAAACAGUCAUAGUGAAACCAUUAUGAUGGAACAGUUAUAGUGGAACAGUCACGGUAGAACAGUCAUAGCGGAACAGUCAUAGUGUAACAGACAUAGUGGAACACUCAUGGUCUAAGACACAUAGUGGAAUAGUAAUUUUGGAUCACUCAUGGUGGAACAGUCAUUAUGGUACAGUCGUGGUGGAACAGUCAUAGUGGAACAGCCAUAGUGGAACAGUCUCGGUAAAAUAGUCAUGGUGGAACAGUCAUCGUGGAACAGUCAAGGUGAAAAAGUCAUGGUGGAACACUCAUAGUGGAACACUCAUAGUGGAACAGUCAUAGUGGAAUAGUCAUGGAGAAACAGUCUUGGUGGAACAGUCUUGGUGGACCAGUUCUAGUAAAACAGUCAUGAUGGAACAGUCAUAGUGGGACAGUCAUGGUGAAAGAGUCAUGGUGCAACAGGCCUAGUGGAACAGUCAUGGUAGAGCAGUUAUGGUGAAAAAGUCAUGGUGGAACAGUCAUAGUGGAACAUUCAUAGUGGAACAGUCAUAGGGGAACAGUCAUAGGGGAACAGUCAUGGUGGAACUGUCAUGGUGCACAGUCAUGAUACAACAGUCAUUGUGGAACAGUCAUGGUGGAACAGUCAUAGUGUAACAGUCACAGUUCAACAGUCAUGGUGGAACUGUCACGGUAAAAAAGCCAUGGUGGAUAUGUGAUACUGGAACAGUCAUAGUGAAACGGUCAUGGUGGAACGGACAUAGUGGAACAUUCAUGGUUGAACAGUCAUGGUGAAACAGUUAUGGUGGAACAGUCAUAGGGAAACACUCGCAGUGGAACAGGCUCGGUGGAACGGUCAUGGGGGAACAGUGAUGGUUGAAGGGUCAUGGUGAAACAGUCAUGGUGAAACAGUUAUAGUGGAACAGUCAUGGUGGAACAGGCAUAGUGGAACAGUCAUGGUGGAACAGGCAUAGUGGAACGUUCAUGGUGAAACAGUCAUGGUGAAACAGUCAUGGUGGAACAAUUAUGGUGGAACAGUCAUAGUGGAACAGUAAUGGUGGAACAGUCAUAGUGGACCAGUCAUGGUGGAACAGUUCUGAUGGAACAGUCAUGGUAGAACAGUCAUGGUGGAACUGUCAUGGUGCAAAAGUCAUAGUCGAAGAGUCAUGGUGGAACUGUCAUGGUGGAACAGUUAUGGCGGAACAGUCAUAGUGGACCAGUCAUAGUGGAACAGUCAUGGUGGAACAGUCAUGAUUGAACAAUCAUGGAUUAAGUGUCAUAGUGGAACAGUCAUAGUGGAACAGUCAUAGUGGAACAGUCAUGGUGGAACAAUCAUAGUGGAACAGUCAUUGUAGAACUGUCAUGGUGGAAAAGACAUGGUGGAACAGUACUAGUGAAACAAUGA